UUUUUUUACAUUUAGUAUUAAACUUAUUAAAUUAUGAAAUAUUUUGGUCUUAAAUAAUUAGAAUAAACCUGGGAUAUAUUUAUUUAUAUAAGGAGACUGAUAUUAACAAACUACUAAUAAGUUACAAAUCUUCUAAUUAAAAUAAUGGGUAAAUAAAAAGUAUACUUUUAUUAUUAUAAGAACGUAAUAUGAGUUGCCUAUGCAUUGGAUGAAAUUUAAAACUUCUUUUUUUCUACUUAUGUACCUAUGUAAUAUUGUAGUUAAUAUUUGAAAUUUUAAUUAGUUUAAUUUAUUACAGAACCCCAUUUUAAAAUCGUUGAGACGAUAGAAGCUGGAAGGUCGGUCUUAACUGUUGUUCCACACAAGUGGAUAAAAAACAAAAUUUUAUUUUGGCCACCAAAAAACGUGAAAAAUCUGAUAAAGGAUGUCAAUUCUACUCCAGACAUUACGUGGAAUAAAAUAAUAUGUCGCAUCAAAAGAAAUUAUUAUAAAAAUCGCAUUGCAGCUGAAACUGAACUUUUAGAAAUGUCGGGAGGUUCGGCAACGUCUUCAACUGAUUCCGAGGUUUUAGGAGAAAUGAAAGAAAAAAAUAAAGUAAGAAACACAAAAAAGGUCACUAGUCAACAAAAUUUUGAAACUCUGUUUGCAUCAUCAUCGUCAAAAUUUUGUUCGUUUCAACCAAUCAUACCGGAAGAAACUCCUGAGCCUGUUGUUGAAAGCGAAAAUAUAAUUUUGGAAACCAAUUUUUCGGAUGAGGCAAUUAUUUCUCCUGAAGCAAUUGCAAAUGCGCAGUUUUUAAAUGUCAUCGAACAGCCUUUGAUUGGAGAAGAAAGUAAAAACGACAUUAUUAACAAGUUGAAUGACAUUGAGCAAAAAUUUAAUCAGUUUAAAAAUGAUAUAACAGAGAGCGUAAAAGAUAUGUUGGUGAAGGCAGUUGCGGCAAUUAAAUCAGAUUUUGAUGCCAAAUUAUUGUCAGCAAUGCAGAAUUUUAAAAACAAUCAUCAGGAUGAUGACAAUAUUCAAUUUGAAUUUCAUGCCGUUUCAACCUCACAGGAGUUAAGUCAAUUAGAGGAAAAUCUCAAAGAUCCAAAUUAUGAAAAGAAAGUAAGAAAUUAUUUUAAAAAAAUUAUUGGUAAUAUUCCUGAUACUAGUAAUGGUUUGGAUACCUGCUAUAGUAUUGUAGAUUAUUUUUUUGAGAAAAAAUUUAUGGUGCAGUGUUCGUGGACGGGAGGAAGUACAAGCAACACUGAAAAAUGUUGCUUUGUUGAAAAAAUUUAUAAUUGGAAUUACAAGAAAUGCAAAGAAGCGUAG